UGAUAGUAGGAUAUAUGGGAGAUUUUGUAAAUAAAAUAUUUGCUUGGGUAUCUGUUCUUUCCUUACAUAUAAUUUUAAACUGGCUCGAUAAGGCCCAUCAUCAUCAUUAGCAUAAUUAAGACAUUCGAAAUCAGCUAUAAUAGCGCUUGCACGCAGCGCUUGUACAGGGCCAUGUGCAUUUGUGCAAGAACCAUGUUAUAUGUUGAGAAAAGUUUAAACUCUUUGUUUGUAACCUAUACCACCAUUCAAAGUAGGGACUUAUAUGUCAGAACGACAAUAACUGCCAACACUAGCUGUUUGUUUUGAAAUCGUAAUUCACAAACAACCAAAUGGUAUCAGUGAUCUAUUUAACCUGGUCAUCGUUCAACAACAUCCGUCUGCUGCUGAUGGCGAGCAAGCCCAUAGUGAUGUUCUACCUGAUCUGGCUGGUGAACACCUCGGAGAGCAUCCGCAGCGAGGAGGGCUCGCUGCUGGACCUCGUGUGCUGGCCGGACGGCAACGCCAUCCCGGUCAUCGUCGCGUGCGUCGGCAUUAUUGCCGUCAUUAUACAGAUUUAUGGAUUGUACCAACUGUUCAAGGCUGGUUUGCCUAGAGUGGAGUACAACGUCACCAGUGGCCUCUUCUACUACAUAUGGGCGCUAAUUAUAAUUAUUAUUUUAUUUCUGGCGGUUAUGUUUUACUCAGGCCUGCAAACUACUAUUAUUAGAGCUAAAAUAAAAGGUGGUAUCACGAAAGCCAUGCUCCUUUACGCCAGCCACCUGCCAUCCAAAGUAGCAAUUGACCAGCUGCAAACUCACUUCCACUGCUGCGGACGAGUGCAGUACCAGGAGUGGUUCUACAUACCCUGGUACACCUCCGGGGCUAGCGGCAACGUCGUCUUAUUAAAGAGUUCGCUGCAGUCUACCCACAAGUUCGUCAGCGAUAACGUGCCGUACAGCUGCUGCUCUAUGGACGUGAUGCAGCCGUGCGUGCACCACAGGGUAGCCCACGAGGACACAGUUUAUAAGUAUAACCCACGGGAAAAACUGACAAUAUGGGAAGCUGGUUGUGAGGAGAAACUAAUAAACGAAAUGAUGACGAUUUCGUGGCGGCUUAACGCAGUGAUGGGGCUUAUUACAGUAGCCAUGGUAAAUACUUAUGUAUUUAGUGUUAUAUCCGAGAUUUUCCAAGGCAUAGCGGUGCGAUACCUCCACACGGCCUACAGAAGCGGGCUACACAUCGGCAACCAAGUAGCCUGCGAAGCCUACUUACUUCGCUCCGUCGGCGCCACCACCUCGAAAAGAAUAGAAAUCCCCAGGAAUUUCUUUCGCAAGAAAAACUUCCGCCAUUCCAGAACCCUACAGUGGGUGAAAGCCACAUACACCCCUCGAAAAAUAAAGAGCAAAAUAUCCACAUCCCCCGAUAUGAACAGUUCGGAAGAGUUAUUAAAACAAAUCGAUGGAGAAUAG